AUGAGUGAAUGUAGUUCGCCUUAUUUACCAGCAUCAGCGUCAUCAGUGCUGCUGGUGCACCUGGGUGCGGUGGGUGCACUGGCGAGCGGCGCGGCGCUGGGUGCAGGCGGCGGCACCUGCGUGUGCGGCGCACUGCUGCACGCGCUGCACCCGCUGCAGCUGUGGACCGUGUGCGGCCUGCACGCGGACCGCGCCGCUGCCAUCGCCGCACCGCUGCACUACGCCGCCAUGGUCUCCGCCAAGAAGCUGUCGCACGCGCCACACCCGCUGCAGCUGUGGACCGUGUGCGGUCUGCACGCGGACCGCGCCGCUGCCAUCGCCGCACCGCUGCACUACGCCGCCAUGGUCUCCGCCAAGAAGGUGAUAAUCAGCGUCGUGACUGGUUGGGUCGCGCUUGCAGCUCUUCUAGCACCUUUGGCGGUCGCCCACCCGCCGCUGAUCUACAGCAUCGGCAUCGGCGGCUGCGCGCCGGACUGCGGCGCGGGCCCCACUGCGUUAGGAUUCUGCCUCGUUUAUGCAUUUCUAACUCUUUUGCUACCCACGGUAUUGGUUCUUCUCUGCAGCCUGAAAAUACUCCGAAUAGCCCGCUACCACCGACACAGAAUAGCAGCUGCGAUAUACGAAGUAACCUUGUCCGCACAGGUCACUGUCACUCAUCAACGCAAUCCCUUUUCCACUCCACCUCCUCCGCGUCGAAAAGCAUUGUCAGCUAUCCUACAACCUCUAGGAACUUUGGCGAUAUUAUACUUUCCUUACUACUGCAUAUUAAUAUGGCCUGCGAUCGCGGUACCGCCACAGCCUCUUGCCGCUUUGUCCGCGGCACUUUUGGCUGCAGCUCCACCGGUCAACGGCAUCCUGUACGGAGUUCGAAGUAGAGCGUUGAGGGAUGCGCUACGUAACUAUCGGCGAAAACGAAUGACAAAAAGCGAGGUGACGCAGGAGAUUCAAGCGCGAACACCGAGCGCUUGCGGCUCUCGACGACCAUCUCUGUCAGCUGGUUCGGGCUGCAUUAGACCACCUACAACUCGUCGCUUGUCCGAUGCCGCGGCCAUGGGUUCGCGGGGCUCCGAGCGACCAGCACAGCGCGCGGCGUCUUGCAACAUGUUGCAGGAACCCUUGGAAAUCGAUGCGCCUAAAGUUAGGCAAUCCGCGAUCCCUUUAAUAAGAGCGCCGCCGCAUGUUGUACUUGGUCGCGCGCUCGGUCUCGAAGAAGGCGUCCCUAGAGAGCGUAGACGACGGCAAUCACCACGCAUCACUGUCACUAGAGCGAUGUCGGAUGAAUGCGAAUCGCCGUCGCGUCGCCCGCUCUGUAGACAGCACUCGCGAUCUAGCGGAGCUCUCUUAGGGACGAUGUCCUGUUCUCGUGCGCUGUCAGAAAACAUAUCCGUGGACAACACUGCUGACGAACAGCUGUUAUUAUCUUGGCCGCAACGCGCUAAUGUCAAGCAGGAGAUUUUGUAGAGUCAUUUUUAUAUGUGUAUAUCUUGGUAUGUUUUAUGUGUAAAAGACAAUAACUGUGCGCGUGGUUCAGUCGAGUGUUGCUGUUUUAGAUUGUUUUGUAAAAGCUUUCUACUGAUCUGUGUCACAGCGACCGUUUGGUUUAAAGUUGAACUAUGUAGUAAUAUAUAUCAAUUAUUUUAUAUUUACAAUUUUGAAAUUUUUAGAGAUAAGAGGACCUCUUUAUUUAUUCUGCUUGUAAAAUUGAAAAUAUAGCCUAGUGACUAUUGAAUGUUUAGUUGAAUUUUAAUUGAAAAAGUGUACGAUUGAAAAGUAAUGUACCACUUUACCCUUCCUAUUUUAAAUGACCAUCGUGUCAAAAACGCCUCUCUUAUGUUGUCGACUGUCGGACACAUCAAUAAUUCACGUCAAAGCUUUUGCAUAGUAUCAAGAAAAAUGUUUGCAAUAUAAAUAUUUAUAAAAAUUAACGACACUUGAAAAUAAAGAAAGAGUAUCAAGACGUAAUCUAAGUCGCGUAUCUACUGUUUUGAGCGAUUUUCAUUUCUCAUUUUGAGUUCAAAAAUGAAUAAUUUUAUGAGUAUCGUGUUACGACUAUAUACUAUUCGCCUAG